GGUAAACAAAGAGGAAAGCCCGCUACCGGCCUGACUCCUACAUCUGUUCAAACAUUAAACCUCUCUGCACCUCUGUCGGCCUUUCUUUCAGAUCAAACGAUGGAUGGGAUAUUUUCAUGCCGAGCAAGCCUUUAUUAUGAUCAAGGCGGCAGGAAAUACAUGGAGGACGUCCUGUCGAUGAAGCACGAGGAUGAACCGAGUGAGGAUGAAUUGAUCAAGGCACAAGACCUUUCCGCUGGCCAAAACCGUGAUGCCUUAAUACAAAACUCGAUCCCUGGAUCUAUAACAGUCACUUACGUUCAGGACGAUGAGCCCAGCUCAACUCUUCGACGGACCUCGAACCGUUACGCAAAAACCCGUAACGGUCCCCCGCGGCCUGUGGCUCUUUUCGCCGUGUUCGACGGUCACGGGGGUCCGGAUGCGGCGCGCUUCGCUCGCACACAUUUAUGGAGUCACGUCAAAAAACAAAGAGGCUUUUGGUCUCAUGACGAUGAUGAAGUGUGUGCUGCUUUGCGAAAGGGUUUCGUAUCUUGUCAUCAUGCCAUGUGGAAGAAAUUACCGGAAUGGCCAAAGACCGCCACGGGGCUUCCCAGCACCUCAGGCACUACUGCCAGUAUUGUUGUGAUACGACGGGACCGUAUGUAUGUGGCUCAUGUCGGGGACUCCGCUGUGGUGUUGGGGGUGCAGGAUCACCCCUCUGAUGAAUUCAUCCAAGCUGUUGAAGUAACACAGGACCACAAACCCGACCUCCCGAAGGAAAGAAAAAGAAUAGAGGGUCUGGGUGGCAGUGUAAUUAAAAAGUCUGGAGUCAAUAGGGUGGUGUGGAAACGACCCAGACUCGCCCACAAUGGACCAGUAAGGAGGAGCACUGUCAUUGACCAAAUCCCUUUUCUCGCUGUGGCUAGAGCUCUCGGUGAUCUGUGGAGUUACGAUUUUUACAGUGGAGAGUUUGUCGUUUCACCGGAACCUGAUACUGCUGUUAUCAAGCUGGAUUUAAAGAAGCACCGUUAUGUCAUCUUGGGCAGUGAUGGUUUAUGGAACAUGGUAUCACCACAGGAGGCUGUGUCUAUCUGUCAGGAGAAUGACAAGGCCACGGAAAAUAACCAAAAAGAAUAUGUUUCUAAUGCAAUUUUGCUGGUGAACCAUGCCUUGCUGAGAUGGCGUCAACGCAUGCUCCGUGCUGAUAACACCAGUGCCAUAGUUGUCAGUUUCGAGCCAUACCAGCCAUCCUCAGAAAUCUUGCCAGACUAUGAGGUUGUGUAUAAUCUACAGGGACCAAAGUAUGGCUCUCUUCUUCAAUCAAGCUCUUUGCACACUCAGGUUUCACCUCAAGAUGCACCUUCACCUGCUAGUGAAGUACAGCCUGUUCCAGAGGAGCAAAACGGAAGCUAUGACUCAAGCAGUUGUGGAAUUCUUGAUUCAUCACCCAACAGCCUUACAAACUCCGAGGACCUGUCUUGCACGUUCCUUCAUAGUAUCUCUUUGGAGAAUGAGAUCAAUUGCGACCAAGUGCCUACAGGCAAACGGGUGCUAGAGGAUUCCUCCACACCUGCGGUGAAGAAACCCCGCUGUAGUUCACCACAGUCCCCUCAUAAAGAGUCCUCAUGUAUAUCCCCACAAAAACAGAGCCAGCAGCCCUCGUCGAGGAGCAGUGACAAGGGUCAGAAACAGUCUGAAAACGUCCAAGCUCUGUUUCAGCAGCACGGGAAGACUACUGUAUGUGUUUGCUGACAUUGGUGUUUUUAUUACGAUGCAAGCUGUACAUUUAUGUUGAAGUUUAUAUAAGCUACUGAGAAACCAAAACCUGAAGCAAGUAACAAUGUCAAAAACAUCACUCGCUUCCAUUCACAACAUUUUAUGUUUUGCAAACUAAUGAAAUUAUGACAUGUUCUUAUUUUUAAAGUUUUAGUGUUUCCUCCAUUGAGUGUCCACAUUUUAGUGAAAAAUACUGUUUCCAAUUUUUAAUGCUUUUGUUGGGCCAACUUUGGGGAUUUUUGCACUUUAAGUUGCAUUGGUGCAGUCUUUGUAGACCUUUGUAUUUGCGGCACUGUGGAAAAAGAAAUGAAAAACAAUAGAUGGGGGGAGGGAGAAAAAGAAACCAUAUCUUCUGAGAAGAUCUUUGCCUGCAGCUUACACGUCUCCUGUUUUAAAGGUUGUCUGUCUAAAAGGAUUUCACUUGAAGCAACAGUAUAGGUAUUUUUGUUUGUUGUUUUAUGGAACAGAAUGGUACAUCAUUUGUAGUGUUCACUGGUGUCAAAUCUUAACCCUAUGUUAAUGUUAAGCGUGAUUUAAUGAAUUAUGCAUUUUAGACUUGUUUUAAUGUUUUCAUUAACAUAUUAAUGUUUUUCCCUGAUGGGAGAACUAAAGGUGCUGCUAUGCUUAAACAGGUCAAUAAAAA